UGAUUUCUUGGUUGACGUAAACCGCAUGACGAGUCAUUGUAAAUAUUUUUUUCACUUUUCACCCGUCAAUAUUCUUUUAUGAGUAGGACCCACGGCCCGGCCCCACAAACCCGUUGCGAGGCCUGGCCCGUUUUCUAUUAUAAAAGGUGGAGUCAAUUUCCUUCCACAGUCUCAGUCUCCACCGCCCAUCGCCGUCGUCUAAAACCCUAAAAAUAAAAUGUCCUCCUCAGAUAUGAUCCUCACCAAAUUCUCCGGCGAAGACGACGCUUACCACCUCGCAUCCCCUCCUCCCGCCGACAAUUCGACGAAGAGAGGCGGCGCCGUCGCCCGGACCUCGCUGAAGGACCGCCACACGAAGGUCAACGGGCGCGGCCGCCGCGUCAGGAUCCCAGCGCUGAGCGCGGCGCGCAUUUUCCAGCUGACGCGCGAGCUCGGCCACCGCUCCGACGGCGAGACGAUCGAGUGGCUCCUCCGCCACGCCGAGCCGUCGAUCAUCGCCGCCACCGGCACCGGCACCGUGCCCGCGGAGUCCGUCUCCAGCUCCUCCCGCGCCCUCCCCCCGUCCCGCCCCUCCGCCACCCUCCAGACGCCGCUCCACCAGGUCACCCUCGCCGCGCAGCCAUCGCCGGCUCCGGCCAUGGCGUUGGAGUUCCCGAUGCACGGCUUCCGCCACAUGCCGUUCAUGGCAUUGCUGCUGCAGCCCUCCGACGACGUCCACGGCUUGGCCGGAGAUACUCACUAGAUUUUGUACAAUCAGUUUCAAUUUAUCCACCUAGUUGAGAUCUAAGUAAUUAAAUUAACACAUCCUAUAAUUAAUUACUACUAUGUUUUUAUCAGUCUCCUUUAUUUCCAAAA